AUGAAUUAUUUAUUGUCAGAAUCAUUUAUAUUAACUGGUUUUAUAUUCAAACAAAUAUUUGAGCUUACUAAUCCUUUAAGUACAUUUUUACAAGGCGUACAAAUUGAUUUACUGGCUGCUACUGAAUAUAUACAAUGGGUAUUUGAAAAAAUUCAAGCCUUCAGAGAUGACAAUCAGUUUGAAAUGUUAAUCAAAAAUAAAAAUCAGUUUGUAUCAUCUAAAAGUGACGAAUUAUCUUUUACACCAUUAGUAACAAAUAGAAAAAGAGCAAAAAAGAAAAUGCCAGGUGAAAUUAUGUCUGAUGAACCUAUCAGCUGUCCACUUACAAAUUUUAAAGUUAACACAUACUUUACAAUCAUUGAUAUUGUGUGUACUCAAAUUAGAGAAAGAUUUAAUGACCAGUCAACGCCACUAUAUAAAGAUUUAUCACUUUUUCAAGUAAAGAGAAUAAUAGAAGUUAAGGAAAAAAAUUUACCAUCUGAUGCGUUUGAAGGGUUUGAAAAAAUGUAUGGACAAUUUGUAAAGGCUGAGGAUUUGAGACGUGAAUACAAACAGUUUGUAAAUUCAUAUUUAAUGUUUGAAAAAUUAAUAAAAUUACCAGGGAAGAUACAUAAACCCAUACCAUUUGAUCAUGAUAGCAAUGAUGACACCGAAGAAGAGGAUAUAGAAAAUCAAAUUAUGUCUACAACUUGUGGAACAAUAUAUACAGUAUACAAGGUGUGUCAACAAAAUGGACUGAAAGAAGUGUUUCCAGCUAUUUAUACAGCGUUAAGCAUUGGAUUAACUUUACCUGUAUCAAAUUUAUCUCCAGAACGAGCCUUCUCAAAAUUAAAACUUAUUAAAAGUAAAUUAAGAAGUACGAUGGCAGAAGAACGAUUGGAUUCUCUGAUGUUAAUAUCAUGUGAAAAUGAUAUUGACGUUGACUCUGACUCAGUUAUUAAUAUUUUUACAUCAUAUAGUACAGUGCUAAAAAAAAUAUUAUGUUAA